AGGAGCCAGUCUAGGGCCUAAGCGCAGACGCACUAAGCCCAAGCAGCCGGUGAUGGCGGCAGCAGCGGCGGUGGUUGCGGCGGGUCCGGGCCCAUGAGGCGACGACGGAGGCGGGACGGCUUUUACCCAGCGCCGGACUUCCGAGACAGGGAAGCUGAGGACAUGGCAGGAGUGUUUGACAUAGACCUGGACCAGCCAGAGGACGCGGGCUCUGAGGAUGAGCUGGAGGAGGGGGGUCAGUUAAAUGAAAGCAUGGACCAUGGGGGAGUUGGACCAUAUGAACUUGGCAUGGAACAUUGUGAGAAAUUUGAAAUUUCGGAAACUAGCGUGAACAGAGGGCCAGAAAAAAUCAGACCAGAAUGUUUCGAGCUACUUCGGGUACUUGGUAAAGGGGGCUAUGGAAAGGUUUUUCAAGUACGGAAAGUUACAGGAGCAAAUACUGGGAAAAUAUUUGCCAUGAAGGUGCUUAAAAAGGCAAUGAUAGUAAGAAAUGCUAAAGAUACAGCUCAUACAAAAGCAGAACGGAAUAUUCUGGAGGAAGUAAAGCAUCCCUUCAUUGUGGAUUUAAUUUAUGCCUUUCAGACCGGUGGAAAACUCUACCUCAUCCUUGAGUAUCUCAGCGGAGGAGAAUUAUUUAUGCAGUUAGAAAGAGAAGGAAUAUUUAUGGAAGACACAGCCUGCUUUUACUUGGCAGAAAUCUCCAUGGCUUUGGGGCAUUUACAUCAAAAGGGGAUCAUCUACAGAGACCUGAAGCCGGAGAAUAUCAUGCUAAAUCACCAAGGUCAUGUGAAACUAACAGACUUUGGACUAUGCAAGGAAUCUAUUCAUGAUGGAACAGUCACACACACAUUUUGUGGAACAAUAGAAUACAUGGCCCCUGAAAUCUUGAUGAGAAGUGGCCACAAUCGUGCUGUGGAUUGGUGGAGUUUGGGAGCAUUAAUGUAUGACAUGCUGACUGGAGCACCCCCGUUCACUGGGGAGAAUAGAAAGAAAACAAUUGACAAAAUCCUCAAAUGUAAACUCAAUUUGCCUCCCUACCUCACACAAGAAGCCAGAGAUCUGCUUAAAAAGCUGCUGAAAAGAAAUGCUGCUUCUCGUCUUGGAGCUGGUCCUGGGGAUGCUGGAGAAGUUCAAGCUCAUCCAUUCUUCAGGCAUAUUAAUUGGGAAGAACUGCUGGCUAGGAAGGUGGAACCCCCUUUUAAACCUCUGUUGCAAUCUGAGGAGGAUGUGAGUCAGUUUGAUUCAAAGUUUACACGUCAGACACCUGUUGACAGCCCAGAUGACUCAACUCUCAGUGAAAGUGCCAACCAGGUCUUUCUGGGUUUUACAUAUGUUGCUCCAUCUGUACUUGAAAGUGUGAAAGAAAAAUUUUCCUUUGAACCAAAAAUCCGAUCACCUCGAAGAUUUAUUGGCAGCCCGCGAACACCUGUCAGCCCAGUCAAAUUUUCUCCUGGGGAUUUCUGGGGAAGAGGUGCUUCAGCCAGCACGGCAAAUCCUCAGACACCUGUGGAAUAUCCAAUGGAAACAAGUGGAGUAGAGCAGAUGGAUGUGACGAUGAGUGGGGAAGCUUCAGCACCACUUCCCAUACGACAGCCGAACUCUGGGCCAUACAAAAAACAAGCUUUCCCCAUGAUCUCCAAACGACCAGAGCACCUACGUAUGAAUCUAUGACAGAGCAAUGAUUUUAAUGAAUUUAAGGCAAAAACAGGUGAGGAAGGGAUAUGUGAGCAUCCUGUAAAGUGAAACAAGAAAGCUCAAAAUGACAGUCUUGAAGAGUCAGUGUCAUUACAUUGAACACUUUGGACAGAGGAAAAAUAAACAUGGAUUUUAAAAAAAUCAAUCAAUGGUGCAAAAAAAAAAAAAAAAAACUUAAGCAUAAUAGUAUUGUGGAACUCUUAGGCACAUCAAUUGAUUCCUAGCGACAUCUUCUCAACCUUAUCAAGGAUUUUCAUGUUGAUGGCUCAAAACUGACAGUAUUAAGGGUAGGAUGUUGCUUCUGAAUCACUGUUGAGUUCUGAUUGUGUCGAAGAAGGGUUAUCCUUUCAUUAGGCAAAGUAUGAAAUUGCCUGUAAUACUUGCAACUAAGGACAAAUUAGCAUGCAAGCUUGUUCAAACUUUUCCAGCAACAUGGAAUCAAAGACAAAAGAAACUUAACAGUUGAUGUUUUACGUGCAAACAACCUGAAUCUUUUUUUUAUAUAAAUAUAUAUUUUUCAAAUAGAUUUUUGAUUCAGCUCAUUAUGGAAAACAUCCCAACUUUAAAAUGCAAAAUUAUUGGUUGGUGUGAAGAAAGCCAGACAACUUCUGUUUCUUCUCUUGGUGAAACAAUAAAAAUGCAAAUGAAUCAUUGUUAACCACAGCUGUGGCUCGUUUGAGGGAUUGGGGUGGACAUGGGGUUUAUUUUCAGUAACCCAGCUGCAAUACCUGUCUGUAAUACUAGGAAAAAAAAAAAUCUAUUUAAUCAUUUCUACUUGCAGUACUGCUAUGUGCUAAGCUUAACUGGAAGCUUUGGAAUGGGCAUAACUUGUAUGUCCUACAUUGCAUCCUUGUCCUGGGCCUGCAUUGCACUGGAAAAAUAUCGCCCCCUGUUCUUAUACCAGUAUUUGGUUCAAGACGCCAAAUAUUUUCAGCCUAUGGCUGAAGAAGGAUGGAAAAGAGGAUAAAAUACAUACUGAGGGCAGUAAAGUGAGGGAGAGAGGGAGAUCCAGGGGAAGAGGGUGUUAUCAUGUUCCACUCUCUAUGUCUAAUCUCUUUACAGCAAAUUGUUAAGAUUUUAAGUUUUACUUUUAACUGUUUUUGCUGUCUACCUUCCUUACAUUUUUUUCCUCAGCAGUUUCAAAAGGAAAAAGAGUUUCUUCUAUACUGGGGCUACAUUUUUUGAUUGUAAAAACAUUUGAUGGCCUUUUGAUGAAUGUCUUCCACAGUGAAUAAGAAAACUUAGUGGUUUAAUUUAGGAAACAUGUGAACAAGACAUUAUGUUUUUGAAAUUGUAACAAAAUCUACAUAAGUGGUAUACAGGUACAAAGAAUAAAAAUAAAGGUAACUUUACCUUUCUUAAAUACUUCCUGCCUUAAAGAGCGCAUUUCCAUGACUUUAGCUGGUGAAAGGGUUUAAUGUCUGCAGAGCUUUAUAAAAAUACAUUUCAGUGCAUACUGGUAUAAUAGAUGAUCAUGCAGUUGAGUCUUAUCACCUCCUUUUGUUAUAAUGUCUUCUGAGUGUGCAAAGUCAAUUUGUAAUAUUUUGCAACCCUACAAUUUUUUUAAAUAGUUGCUGCUUGCUAUGUUCUUCAAACCUUUUUGAGCCAUAGGAUCCAAGCCAUAAGAUUCUUUAUGCAUGUUGAAUUCAGUCAGAAAAGAGGAAAGCUUUGCUUAUUUAAAUGGCAAUUCAAGUGAGAUGAGAUGAAAUCCUAUGACACUGAGCAAAAUAGAACCAUGAAAAGUGAUUGGAAAUAUACCUUUUCAAUUUUGGCAAUAAAUGAAGAAAUUGGUAACAGUUCAUCUUUGGACAGAAAGCCUUUUAUUUUUUUAUUUAUUUUUUUAUUUUAUCACUCCCUCUAGACCCCCUCCUCCCUUAUUGCAGCAGCCUACUGAGAACUUUGUAAUUGUAGCUAGUAAAUUAGAAGCUACAAUAAAUGAUAAGGGCAGAAAUUGUACUUAACGUGCAGAGCUUUGUUCUAUGACAGUUGAUGUCUGAAAAACUAGAACCCAAAAACUAUGGUGAUAAGUAUAGACUUUCUUUCAGAUUGUAAAUGACUUGUGCUACUCUGAUACUUGUUUUCAAAUGUGUUUACUAACUGUAGUGUUGACUGCCUAACCAAAUUCCAGCAAAAUUUUUACCCUAAAAUAUUCCUCCUCAGUCCUAUUUGCUAGUAACAUUUGCACUGUGAUUGGCUGGCUAUAUAACCACCCCAUAGUUAAACUAUUUUCAUAAUUAGCACUGCCAGCAGUAGUGGCACACACCGCAAAUUUUCUGCAUAAAAUGCAUUAAUUACAUAUUUACCAUCCAUACAAAUAGCUUUCAGACUUAAUAUUGAGUGAAAUUAAUUUCCUGUGCUGAGGCAAGUUCACUGAAAAAUUGUUUUAUAAAUGGAUAUCCCUACUCUGACUGUGAAACAUGUCAAGUGCCACUUUUAGCGUCACAGACAGAAAGCACACACCUAUGCAAUAUGGCUUACCCUAUAUUUAUUUGUAAAAAUCCAAGCAUAGUUCAAAAUGUAUGAUGUCAAUAUUACUAGUCUUAAGUUUCUAAGAGGAUUCUUUAUGAUUAUUCCAGGUAAGUGUAUAAAAGAGAUUAAGUGCUUUCCUUUCAUCACUCGAUUAUUUUCUUUAAAACCAGCUAUUACAGGAUAUUUUUUUACUUUAUACAUGUUGUUUUUUAAUUAAAAUCACUGAGAACUGAACUCUACUAAUUUUGAUUUUAUAAGGUUUGUAGCAUUACAGAAUAAACUGGGAUUUAUAAACCAGCUGUGAUUAACAAUGUAAAGAAUUAUUGAACUUGAACCAGAUAUUUUGGAAAAUUAUAUUAUUUCUUUUUCCCCUUUAUGGUCUCACGUAAUUUGAAUCCUUCAAGGAGACUUUUUUCCAUACUAUUUUUUGAGAUAGAAGAUAAUUGGGGGGUGGGAGGUAAGAAUGCAUGUAUGAUACUCCAUAAAUUCAACAUUCUUUAAUAAAUGAUUAUAAGCAAUACGCAUCUUCGAUAGUAUCAAUAUACUGAACCUUCAAUUUUAUUUUAGUUUAAAGAAAGAUUUUUUUUUUUAAUGUUUAUUUUUGAGGGAGAGAGAGAGAGUGCGAGUGGGGCAGGGGCAGAGAGAGAGGGAGACACAGAAUCUGAAGCAGGCUCCGGGCUCUGAGCUAUCAGCACAGAGCCUGAUGCAGGGCUCGAACUCACAAACUGUGAGAUCAUGACCUGAGCUGAAGUCGGAUGCUUAACCAACUGGGCCACCCAGGCGCCCUGAGCCUUCGAUUUUAUAUUUAAUGUAGGACCUAUUUUGGUUAGUCAUGUGGUUCCUAGUCUACAAGGGUUAGAUCUAAGAAUAUUCCCAUGAGAAAUGUUGAAUUUAUGAAGAAUGGAUUUUGAGGCUUUGAAAAUGGUUAAUUUCUCAAAAACAUCAGUAUCCAAACAUCUACCCUUUUUCAUAGGAGUAGACACUAGCAAGCUGGACAAAAUAAUCAUAAAAGUAUUUGUCACACCAUGACCUGUGGUCUGUUACUGAUUGAUAUAAAACUUUUGUGUGUGAUUCUUAAUUUAUCACUACAGCACAAAUGUUAUCUCAGUGGAUUAUUUGAAGUAACAUCUGAAAAAUGGGUUCAUCUGUGUUCUUUAAUUAUUUUAUUCCUGUCCCAAGUUGGCUUUGCAUCUAUCAGAGUAAAUAUUAAGCUGCCUUAUUAGGAGUGCUAUGAGGGUAACACAUUUUUCUGCUUUUCAUCUUGUAUUUAGUUUACUGUAUUAAGUAUUUGAUUUCGGAUUGAAUGAAUGUAAAUAGAAAUUAAAUGCAAAUUUGAAUGAACAUAAAAUAGAAGUGAUUUUUUUUUUUUUAAAUCCACAGAUAGGAAGAAAUAACUAUCAGGUGCACAAAUGGUUUCAAUAAUUAUUUUCAUUAAUAUACCAGAUAUGUUCAGGUUCUCAUAUUUAGUAACUACUUAUAUAUAUGAGGACUAACAGUUGUAAAAACUUUCUGCUGAGAAAUUGAAGCUACUUAAAUAUAUAACAAGUUUUAGUACUAAUAUAUAUUAGAUGUUACACACUUGUAAUUUCCAAGUUCUGUCCAAUAGUUGAAUUGGUUACUUAAAAAAAAGCUCAUGUGAAAAAUUAUGUGAAACUAGUUUCAUUACAGAUACACUAGGAAGACUUUCUUGUCCUAACAAGUUUGUUCAGCCACACUUGUCAACAACAUUUGAUCAUUGGGUGUGUAUGUGCUACAUAAUGUCAUGCCCCAAAUCUGUUUUUAACUAAUGUCUCAACAUAUCUGGUGUAAGAUGGGUGUUUUGUAUAAGCCACUUAUUUGAGGCAAUUCUAUCACACUUGGAUGAUUUCUUUAUAGAAGUUCUCAAACUGACUUUUUUAUU